GUUACACAAAACCACUCACUCACACUGCUCUAUUAUACUGCACUGGCUUGGUACAAUACUUCACUGGCUUGGUACAAUAGACCUGGAGAAGCUGGAGACAUUGACCUGAAUACAGCGAGGAGAGGAGCAUACCUCCAACCCAGAGCAACAGGUGGAGGACUGCAUGACUUGAAGAGACGCAUUGCAUCAUUUGAAUUUGAAGCCAUGCUGUGUGAGAGCAGACUAUGGAGCAUGACCUACUGUAGUGAACAGGAUAGACUGGACCCUCUCCCCCCUGUAAUAGAGCCCCCCAGGAGGAGCGUGAAGGCUGGGUCAGAGCUGGCUGCAGCCACCCUGCUUCAGGCCUCUCCAGGCCAACCAAGCAGAAAUGGCCAGUCCAUCCUCAGUAGAGUGCCCCAAAACCAGAGGCCCUCCCAGGCGAGUGCCCAAAUCCAGCCCCAGGCUUUUUCUCCACCGCAGGAUCUGCAUUCCCAGAGUCCCCAUCCUGACAGACACAUCUCCCCAGAGAUGGAGAUCCCUGGGCAGGCUUGUUCCGGUGGCGAGGUCCCCUUCCUGGUGCCCUCCUUCUGCCAGAGCAUCUGUCAGAACUACAGCGACCUCCACAUCGGGGGUGACCAGGUGCUGCCUCUCUUGGCCCACGAUGGGGAGGUCCUGCCCUGUAGCGACAACCAAGCCAACGGCCCCUUCCUCCAUUCCUGUGACGUACCCCCGGCCGCAGAAGACUCUCCCCCAGAUCGGGCCACUGAAGACGGGCUUCUGCGUCCUCUCCAGUGGGGCUCAGGCUUGGGGUCCUCCCGCUGGAGGGCGGGGAGUGGCCGUGACCGGAGCGUCCUUCUUCAGGGGCUCGAGGGGCCACUCUCUAACUCGCUGCUCAACCGCUACCUGGAGAACAAGAUACUGGACCUGUACCAACAGUACAUGCUGGAGAACAUGGCCCAUGAUGGGGGCUAUGUUGAGGGCUUGCCCUGCUCUCUGCUGGCCUCAGAGUUGAUUCUUACUAGCCUGGAUCAGAUCACCCUGCAGCUGAGCCGUGAGGGCCAUCUGGAAGCGGGCCGGGCCAAAGACAUGGUGCUCAGCUGCCUACUGAGGGUGGCCAGCGGCCUGCAGUCCAGUGAGAUCAGUACUCCCCUGCUCCAGAUCUCCACAGAUCUGCAGCUCCCCACUGAUACUGCUACUGGUGCUGCUGCUAGUGGUGCUACUGCUAGUGGUGCUACUGCUACAUCUACUGCUACUGGUGCUGCUGCUAGUGGUGUUACUGCUAGGUCUACUGCUAGUGGUGCUACUGCUAGUGGUGCUACUGCUAGGUCUACUGCUACUGGUGCUGCUGCUAGUGGUGCUACUGCUAGUGGUGCUACUGCUAGGUCUACUGCUACUGGUGCUGCUGCUAGUGGUGCUACUGCUACAUCUACUUCUACUGUUGCUGCUGCUAGUGGUGCUACUGCUAGGUCUACUGCUACUGGUGCUGCUGCUAGUGGUGCUACUGCUAGUGGUGCUACUGCUAGGUCUACUGCUACUGGUGCUGCUGCUAGUGGUGCUACUGUUAGGUCUACUGCUACUGGUGCUGCUGCUAGUGGUGCUACUGUUAGGUCUACUGCUACUGGUGCUGCUGCUAGUGGUGCUACUGUUAGGUCUACUGCUACUGGUGCUGCUGAUAGUGGUGCUACUGCUACAUCUACUUCUACUGUUGCUAUUAUUGCUGAUGCUGCCAAACCUCAGGGACCUCUCAGCUCUACAAUUGACCCCCAAGUUAAAAACAUCCUUUAACCCCUGACCCCUGAAUCAACUGGACUCAGACACCACCUUGCUACAGAGGUCAAACCAACACUUGACUCCUCUGUCCUCCAGUACUAGACAGGUUCACUCUCCCCCUAGCUUUAAAGUCUGAAAAUCAGACUCCCCUGUUUCUUAUUUUUCUACCUUCACUCAGGUUCUCCCUUUCUCCUCUCAGUUUCCCUACAUACAGUUCUGGGGAAAUGAAACCGCUUUCAAACAGCUGCAGUGAUAGAAAUAGAUAGAAAUUCAGGUGGAAACUGUGGUUGAGAGGAAAGACGUCUGCACUGUUCUCAUGUUUUCAUAAAGAGAACAGUAACAUUGUAUGUAAUGUUAUUGUCUCAUUAUUUUAGUGCAAAAUCAAUAAACAUGUUGAUCACA